CGACGACCUCUUGCUAGAGAUCGAAGUAGAUUCAUUGAGAAGAAAGCUUUUGAAGAAGCUCGAUCAAGCGAACAAGAUGGCCAUGGAUCCUUAUGAAGUCCACAAUGCCGAACCGACGGAAUCCGAGGUCCAGCGAAUAGCUCGGCUUCGGAGUGCCUUUGGAGUCCGCAAGACUACUGACGAAGGAGAUAAAUACAGCAGACAUUCUGGCAACUCGGGGGAGCAUUCCGGCUUCGGCAACCGAGACUACGACGAGGAUGAUCGUACAUACAUGGAUGGAGAAUACGGCGAAGGUGGAAAUGUUGAUUAUCAUCGUCUUCGACGAACUGAUGCUAAUCAAUGGGCUCUCCUUCAUCCACCUUUGAGUAGGAGCUCUAUGUGGUCUAUCAUCCCUGACCCUGACGAGCCGAAAGAAGAUAUUCCGACCCAGUUGGACUAUGAUGAGGACGUACCCAUUAAGAAGGAGGAGGAAGAGGUGGAGGAGGAAAUCAUUGCUCCAGCUCCCCGGGCGAAAAUCUCGUUUCAACUGCCAAAGAAAUUAUCGAAAUGAGUGAGUGAAGACUCUUCAAGCGUUCUUGACUCCCUGGAACUGGUGGAAACUUCGCCAUGAGAAACGUUGAUGAAGUCGAUGUGACCCCUCUCAUCUUCGAACGAGGUGUCAAAGUCAGCUCGUGCAUUGUACAUUGGCUACUGUACCACAUUCGGAGGGUGCGGGGACUGGUCAGGUAGUGUUAGUAGUUUGAGUAAGG